GAGUUAGUUUGUCCCUCUGCGCUUGCUGUAUGCCUGCUCAGUUGUCAUGGGGAUGGGUAUGAGUGACAGAUGCGGUUCUGAGUUAGUUUGUCCCUCUGCGCUUGCUGUAACUCACUUUGGUUGCCAUGGCUACAGACUAUGCAUCUUAAUCUGAGUUUAUUUUUCCGGUGCUAAGUUUGAAGGCGAUUUACUAACAGGCGAAGCCAUGGUGUUCAUCACAGAAGAUUUGAUCAGGAGGCGAGCGGAACACAACAACUGUGAAAUAUUUUCCUUGGAGGAAAUCUCUCUCCAUCAGCAAGACUUAGAACGGAUUGAACACAUAGACAAGUGGUGUAAAGAGUUAAAAAUCCUGUAUCUACAGAACAACCUCAUCCCGAAAAUAGAAAAUGUGAGCAAACUCAAGAAACUAGAAUAUUUAAACUUGGCUUUAAACAACAUAGAAAAAAUUGAAAACGUACAAGGCUGUGAAUCACUGCAGAAGCUGGAUCUCACGGUGAACUUUGUCGGAGAGUUGUCAAGUGUAAAGAGCCUCCAACACAACAUUUGUCUUCAAGAGCUGUUUCUGGUGGGAAAUCCAUGCGCUCAGUUUAACGGUUAUCGGCAAUAUGUGGUGGCCAUGCUCCCUCAAUUAAAGUGGUUGGACGGCAAGGAGAUUGAGCGGUCAGAAAGGAUUCAGGCUAUGCAGGAUUAUCCACAAGUACAAGUGCAAAUCAAAGAGCAGGAGGCGGAUUAUCUUCACAAGAGGGCCCUAGAAAGAGAAGCAGCUCAGGAAAAAAGGACAGAAAAGAAAAUUGGACCCAGAAAACUGCACAAGAAUAACCCUGGAUUUGACGGACGAUGGUACACGGACAUCGACAACACCCUACCACAAAGUUCUGGAAACAAAGAGAAUUCUUCUGAGACGGACAGAGACAAUGAGGCUGUAGGAACAGAUGAAGAAGAAAAGGAUCAAGAGUUUUGGCAGCAGCCCUCAUUGUAUACUCCGGAAUCUAGAUUGGAAACCCACCAAUACUUGGAAGAAAAACGCAAAUCUAAAGAGGGCAGAAGUGACGAAAAAAAGAAAGAGAAACCACAGAGGACUUUGGUCACAGCUGAAGGACGGAUCCUCAACGUAAAUGAACCCAAGCUAGAUUUCUCUCUGGCAGACGAUGAAGAAAAUAAUCAGUUUGUUUUGGAUCUGGCUAUUCAUAGGCAUCUAGACAUUUCCCUCGUUGAUGUUGAUAUUCAACCAAACUACAUAAAAGUGUUAGUGAAGAAGAAGCCUUUUCAGAUUGUCCUUCCUGCUGAAGUAAAGCCUGAUAGUAGCACUGCCAAGAGAUCUCAAACCACCGGCCAUUUAGUUGUCGCUAUGCCCAAGGCUACAGGACAAAUUCAGGCAAAGCCAAGCUGUAACAAUCUACAGAAAAGCACAAAACCAGUUGAGAAACUUGAAGUAGAUCCUAAGGCUUAUUCAUUUCCUGACUUGGCUAAUAUUGUCAAAGAAAGGAGCUCUGCACCACAGGGGCCACUUCAGUUACAGACCGGCAUGCCAAAAGUCAUCGAAAAUAAUGAAUACUUUAUAGAUGACCCUGAUGUCCCCCCUCUCAUAUGAAGACUAGCUAGCCUCAAAUAUAAUGUUCUGUUCAACACAGAACUGUAAGAUCUCAACAAUAUCUGCCACAACGUGAGCUACACAAAGCAUUUGUACAAAUAUUAGAUUAGAGUCAACGAAUUAAAGAUCUGUGUAAAUAAAAUAUGACUUCUUCAUUCAUUAUAAAAUAUUCAUAAUUGUCUUUAAUAUGUUUAUUCAAUGCAUUCAACAUGAUAAUUACUGGAAUGGAAAGAGUAGUUUGUGUUUCAUAAGCUCUGUUUGAAUUGCCCAGUGUAUUACUAUUCAGCAAAAAGUGGGCUAAUUUAAUUUCUUGAAAUUCUACCUUGAAUAGAUCAAAUGAUUCUCAUGUAUUGUUAUGCAUAGACAAGAACAAACUAUAAAAUAAACCUAUUUCAUACCUGCA